AGCUGUAAAAAAAAAAAAGAAGGGUCCCUUUUUGCCUUUCGCUCUCUCCCCAGGCUUGGGAGGUGGUGGAGAGGAGAGGAGAAAGACUCCUUGAGCUGCAACUGAUUAAAGGCUGCGGUGGUUAGUUUUUCUGGCUUGCUUCGCUUUCUCCAGAGCCGAGAAAGGAGAGGCGGGAGGGUGGUGGUGGUGGUGGAGGCUUUCCCCAGCCAUCUCUUUCAACCUGCCCAUGUUGUGAUUUCGGCAGCCGUAGCCCGCUUUCUGCUUUUAUUUGUGAAGUUGUUGAGGCACCCGCAAGGAUGGGACGCUGCCGCUAUUAUUCGGGCGCUUUGCGAGCCUUGCAGUUGCUCGCCUGGACUUUCCCGCUGCUGACAUUGGCUUCCUUGGUGGACGAAACCUUAGAGAGAGCCUCGAAAUCCGAAGGCUACUGCAGCCGGAUCCUGCGAGCCCAAGGCACGAGGAGGGAAGGAUAUAAUGAAUUUAGCCUCCGCGUGGAAGGCGAUCCGGAAUUCUACAAGCCCGGAAACAGUUACCGGGUAACACUAUCUGCAGCUACACCAGCCUAUUUUCGUGGAUUCACAUUGAUUGCUUUGAAAGAGGGCAAAGAAGGAGACAAAGAAGAAGACCAUGCUGGUACUUUCCAGAUUAUAGAUGAAGAAGAAACACAGUUCAUGAGUAAUUGUCCUGUGGCUGUGACAGAGAGUACACCAAGGAGAAGGACUCGCAUUCAGGUGUUUUGGACAGCUCCUUCUUUGGGCACAGGCUGUGUAAUUUUGAAAGCAAGUAUUGUACAAAAGCGAAUUAUUUAUUUUCAAGAUGAAGGAUCUCUCACCAAGAGGUUGUGUGAGCAAGAUUCAGCCAUGGAGGGUGUGACAGAUAAGCCAAUCUUAGACUGCUGUGCCUGUGGAACUGCUAAAUAUAGGCUUACCUUUUAUGGAAACUGGUCAGAGAAAUCACAUCCAAAAGAUUAUCCACGACGAGCCAACCACUGGUCUGCAAUUAUUGGUGGAUCUCAUUCCAAAAACUAUGUUCUUUGGGAAUAUGGAGGAUAUGCAAGUGAAGGGGUAAAGCAAGUUGCAGAGCUGGGAUCCCCAGUUAAAAUGGAAGAAGAAAUUAGGCAACAGAGUGAUGAAGUUUUGACUGUCAUCAAAGCAAAAGCACAGUGGCCUGCCUGGCAACCACUAAACGUGAGAGCAGCUCCCUCUGCUGAAUUUUCUGUGGACAGAACACGCCACCUUAUGUCUUUCCUUACCAUGCUAGGCCCCAGCCCUGACUGGAAUGUAGGGCUUUCUGCUGAAGAUCUGUGCACUAAGGACUGUGGAUGGGUACAGAAGGUGAUUCAGGAUCUGAUCCCAUGGGAUGCUGGCACUGACAGUGGAGUCACCUAUGAGUCCUCCAACAAGCCAACAGUACCUCAGGAGAAGAUAAGACCGCUCACAAGUCUAGACCACCCCCAAAGUCCUUUUUAUGACCCUGAAGGAGGUUCCAUUAAAUCAGUAGCCAGAGUUGUCAUUGAGAGGAUUGCACGAAAGGGGGAACAGUGCAAUAUCGUUCCUGAUAGCAUCGACGACAUUGUUGCAGAUCUUGCUGCAGAAACUCCAGAAGAUGAAGAUGAUACUCCUGAAACUUGCAUCUAUUCGAAUUGGUCUCCCUGGUCAGCCUGUAGCUCUUCCACAUGUGAAAAGGGCAAACGGAUGAGGCAGAGAAUGCUCAAAGCCCAGCUUGACCUCAGCGUGCCUUGUCCAGAAACUCAGGACUUCCAGCCUUGUAUGGGUCCAGGCUGUAGUGAUGAAGAUGGCUCUACAUGCAUGAUGUCAGAGUGGAUAACAUGGUCCCCUUGUAGUGUAUCUUGUGGCAUGGGAAUGCGAUCGAGAGAGCGAUAUGUGAAGCAGUUCCCGGAGGAUGGCUCCAUGUGCAAAGUGCCUACAGAGGAAACUGAGAAAUGCAUUGUAAAUGAAGAAUGUUCUCCUAGCAGUUGCCUGGUAACCGAAUGGGGAGAAUGGGAUGAAUGCAGUGCCAGCUGUGGGAUGGGAAUGAAGAAGAGACACAGAAUGAUCAAGAUGACCCCGGCAGAUGGAUCCAUGUGCAAAGCAGAAACCACAGAAGCUGAGAAAUGCAUGAAUCCCGAAUGCCAUACCAUUCCCUGCCUGCUUUCUCCUUGGUCUGAAUGGAGCGACUGCAGUGUCACUUGUGGAAAAGGGAUGAGGACCAGGCAAAGGAUGCUAAAAUCUGCUGCGGAGCUUGGAGAUUGCAAUGAAGAACUAGAACAAGUAGAGAAAUGCAUGCUGCCAGAGUGUCCAAUUGACUGUGAUCUGACAGAAUGGUCUCAGUGGUCUGAAUGCAAUAAAUCUUGUGGGAAAGGCCAUAUGAUCAGGACAAGAAUGAUCAAAAUGGAACCUCAGUUUGGAGGAGCUCCAUGCCCAGAAACUGUACAGCGUAAAAAAUGUCGAAUAAGGAAAUGCUUGAGAAACCCCAAUAUUGAGAAAAGGCGCUGGAAAGAAUCUCGGGAGAAAAGGAGGAGUGAACAAGCGAAAGAAGAUGUAGACGGCGGGCAAUUCCCAGGUUGUAAAAUGAAGCCAUGGACUGCUUGGUCAGAAUGCACCAAACUGUGUGGGGGUGGAAUCCAGGAGAGGUUUAUGACUGUCAAGAAGCGUUUCAAAAGCAGUCAGUUCACUAGCUGCAAAGACAAGAAGGAAUUAAGAGCCUGCAAUGUUCAUCCUUGUUAGCAAACCGAAGUCUUUUGGAUAAUGCACUCCUAAGCUAAAUGUAAAAAAUCAACCUUGGUUUGAUUUUUUUUUUUAAAAAAAGAGAAAAUAUAUAAAUUGUGUAUAUUAGUCUUCAUUUUUGCAGUGGUGUUUGCUUAAUUAGUCUUGCUGGUGCAAGAAAUCUAUUUUAUAAAUACUUCCUUACAAAUAUCUGCUGAGAGUAGCUCCUUAAUGCUCCAGCUAGCCCUUAACGCAUAAAACUAGUGAAGUCAUUGUGAAAUCUUAUAACACUGAAAUUAUAGACAUAUCUGUGUGAACAAACUAUAAUCAUAAAAAUAGUCCCUGUAAAUAUGUGGGAUGCAUGCAAAAAUGAUACUGCAAACUUAAAUAUUUGAAAAACUGUUUUCAAAAUAUCAAAGCAGUGCCUCUGUGUUUAUACAGCUGUGCCAAGGAAUUACUUUAAUAAUACUACAGGUGCAUAUUGAUCUUUAACCAUCAGCAAUGUAAAAAUGGUAUUUAUAGCAAUCCUUUGACAAUAUACCUUUUUUUCUUCAUGCAAUUGCUUGGACCCCUAUUAAAUAAAUCACCUUAUGAUUGUUUCCAUUAAGAAAGGAAAGCAAACAUAAGCUGCCCAGACAUGAAAAGUAAGGAGGAACACAUUUUCCAUCUGUAAACCAUAUGUCAAUUAGCCAGUAAGCUGCAUUUAAAAAUAUCUUCCACACUCUCUCACAAAAUCAUAUGCUAGAUGAUAAGGUACAGUAAAAUAUUCUCCCUUAAGGAUUCUCCUUGUGUGCAACAUAGCUAGGCAAAUAUAUUUCAGAAAGAUGAAAGGAAAUUGCAGACUUUUCAGAGUUAACCAGUAUAAAUAAACAAUAUAAAUACUCACAAAAGAGGUGAAUCAACCCAGCUCUAGAAUAGCUGACGUUAUUCUAUCCACCAAGUCUAGAAAGAAUUAAGGAGAGUUUUGUUUUGUUUGCUUCCGAAUUUGCUUUUGCUUCUGUGUGGCACAACAACUUAAUUUGGCUUCUGUUCUUUUUACAUAAAUGUCACUGCAUCCAUCAUCUUUUUGCUUUAUUCUUCUACUCAUACAGUGUCAGUGGUCAUAGUGAACAAAGCAUGUGCAGAAAAUAGCUGCUUUGCAGGAACACGGUGUUACUAAUUUUCAAGCGUGCUCACAAAGAGCAAAGGAAAAAGCAUAGCUAUUUGAAAAAUGUCAUGAAGUUGAAAGAUUAGAUAAAUGCCAGUACCACUGACAGGUUCCUUAGGGACAUCUUGGGAAUGAAGAUGAAAGCUCCUAUAUUUGUAUUAUAAAAUAUUAUUACAGGCAUAUAACUUGAACUUUUAGAUUUCAGCUUCCAUAAUCCCUAGUGAACACAGAUGGUUGAAAAGACCACCAUCAAAAAAAUCAGAUUGUCUGUCUGCAAUUUAACACAUAACUACGUGAAUGUCUUGCAAAAGAAAAACAAGAUGACUUGAAUUAAUAAAUGCCAAACGCCAGUACAAAUUAGAUCCAAAACCAGAGAAUUUUAACUUAAAAGCAUGAAGCGCGAUUAUGUUAGGCAGGAAUUGGGUCAAUUUAUUUACAGAAUUAAGUGGCUUGGCCUUUUUAGAUAGCAGAAAUUCUUGGCAUCUUAGGGACAUAAGGGUAGCCUUGGGGAAGGAUUUUUAUUUCCAAAGAUUAGCAAUGCUCUUUUCCCCCAAAGAUUUAUAUGUACAGGUACAUAUACUUUCAUUUACCACUUCCAUUUUACCGCACAAUUUUCCUUUUUAUGAAGUUUCCAAAGUUUCUCCAUCUAAAACUAGAUAAGGCUAUGGCUCAACUAGAAAAUGCACCCUCAUAAAUUAUAUUACAAUUAUUGCACUUUUUCAUUCUGAACAGUCAGUCAUUUUUAGUGUAACUCACCCAAAAGCACUGGAGUCCAAGACACAGAAUAAACACAGGAGUUCUAUAGAUCCAGCAUAUGGGUGAGUAUAGAGCAGAAAUAUCUUGAAACAGCAAACACUUUUCCAAGUUGCUAUCUGUGUUGGGAUCCUCAGUCUUCAGCUAUUAAAGGUUCUGUUGUUUUAUGAUGAUAAAUUAGUCAUCCAUACAAUCAAAACAUGCAUGAAAUGUGUACACUCCUGAUGAAUUUAACUGCAACAAACAGUUCCUUUUAUGCUAUGAUGUCUUAAAUACUGGUGACUCUCUUAGAAGAGUGUUGGCUCUAGUGAACUAAGUACAAACACUGCGCCUGAUUUCAGAGGAAUUCAAAAUUGGUAUUUCACUGGGGACAAUAUUUGACUGACAGAAUGGUUACACAGUUGCCUUUAAUUUCUUUAAUGUCUAAUAAUAUUAUGAAUGGCUGGCUAGCUUUUCAAAGGAUUGCUAUCAGAAAGCAUGACAAAGCUUGCAGAUGAAUAUAAUUUCCAUCUUAUAUCAGUAGUCGUCCCAGUUCAUACUGAAAAAAAAGAAUAUUCUAAUUUGUUUCAAAGGGGGUUGUGUCUUUAAGCUUGUGACUUUUCACAAAAUAAUACAUUAAAAAUAUCAGAAGAAAAUGAAGGAAAAAAACAGAAUAAAUCUAAUCCAAUUAAAGUUACUCCCUUAUUUUAAUUAUGAACUUUAAUUAAGAUUACCUUGUACCACUGAAUUUAAAAGAAUUUAAUUAUAUCUAAUUUGAACUGUAUUGAAGCUUUUAAGAUUGCUUUCUUUGUUAAGAAACAAACCCAGUGUGAUAUAAAAUGCAUAUUUCUGAAUUGCUACAAAUCUUAUAUAAUGUUGGCUUCACGGCAACCAACAAAAAAGUAUGGAUGAUUUUUUUUUUUACAAUAAUUCAUGUCUCUUGCACACUUCAGAACCAAAACACAGGUAUAUAGUAGCUAUAAGAAUUUUAUACACCUCACUGACCAUUUAUUAACAUUGGUAUAUCUUCUUGUUCCUCUUUGUUGUUGUUUUUUUUAAAAAAAAAAAUCUGUAGAAACUUUACAAGCAAUGAACAGAAAUGCUGGGGGGAUUAUAUGUACAAUAGGUUUUAAUAAAAGCUACUUGGUUUUUUAAAAAAAAAAAUCAGAAAAGACCCUCUUUGAAGUUUUCUUGUUAUUUUGGGUUCGCAAUAGGAUUUUUGAGAAAACUGUUAUGGAUAUAUUUCCUACCAAAGUCUUGUGUAGAUGUUUUGUAUGUCGUUGUCUGGCUAACACAUUAUUAUUUUGGAAUAAAGACAUCUUUACUAUGAAAACAAAAAA